CUGAAUCCGACCCAGACGGCUGGCUAUCAGUCACUUGCAUGCAGCCACUGCUGUAUUUCCGAUUCCCGCCCACCCCUCUCAUUCGCACCUUGCUCAAUUUUCGACCUCGAUGCUUUAUGUCGCUUCCUCCUCGACGCCUCCGAAUUCCAAUGAUCAUGCGCCGCGUGGAAAGUAGGACACUGGAAAGGGUCCGAAGCCGCCUAGAAGUUAUUUCCGGUUUUCCACGUUCUGAUUAUCCGAGGCGCGGCGAGGCGUGAUCUUCCCCGCGCUAUGUCGCGUUCCCGUGCGCAUCUCACCGCGUACUUCCCAAACGCUCGGGCAGGGUCGGAUGGCGGUUUGUUGACGAUCAAUAGUAUGGUGCCAACCAGUCUGGGCCAGCGGAUCACCAUCGCUGUUAUAGUCUCCGAGAUCUUAUUGCAAGCGACCUCUCUUAAAUAGACCGAGGCAGCAGCGAUGUUUUCCCCGGACUCGAACUCUCCUCGAACCAGACCUCAUGAUCGGCGCAGCACUCCUCCUCCUCUCCCUCCUGGCCCCCCUCCAGGUCCUCGCCGCCGGGGGCUACGUCCAGAAGCCGUCGGGAGUCGCGACGUUCACGGUGUACUCCGGAUGCAAGACCCCGGCCUGCGGACGGACCGGGUCUGGCUACACCGCGGCCAUCAACCAGCUUGCGUUCGGCUCGCUGCCGGGCAUGGGCGCAGGCGACUCGUGCGGCCGCUGCUUCGCGCUGACCGCCACCUCGGACCCGUACGACGCGGGCUUCAAAGGGCCCUUCGGAAAGUCCAUCGUGGUCAAGGUCACGGACAUGUGCCCGCACACCGCCGGCGGAACGGGCUUCUGCGACCAGUCCGUUUCGCGUCCGCUCAACCAGUUCUCCGCGCCUGUCCACUUCGACAUCUGCUCGGACACCGGAGGCGCGGCUGCCUUCUUCCCGCCCCCGCGCGGCGCGCUGAAGGGCACAUUCAAGGAGGUCAGCUGCAGCACCUGGUCCGGCUCGGAUGGCGCGCCGCUCUGGAACGGAGGCUGCCUGAGCGGCGAGAAGGCAUCCUUCUGGCCGGCGGUCAGUGGCUGCGGCAACGUCGGUUCCGCUCCCGCAUAAGCUGUCAGAGGGCUCGCACAUCCAUCCAACUCUCGAAUAAACUACAACUUUGUCAUUUUCUUACGUCUCAUAACGUCUCAUGAACUUGGGUUUCCCUUUUCGGACUAA